AUGGUAAAAUUAUUACUGAAUCGUGGUGCUGACGCCAAUGCUCAUUGUCUAGACCGAGGCGAUGGAUACACGGCAUUGCAUUAUGCUGUAAUGAAUGAUAAUAUUGUAGUGAUUGAUCUUGUACUGAAAAGGGGUGCUAACAUUAAUGUCAAGUCAAGCGAUGGAAAGGCAAUCUUACUACAUCUCGCCAUUGAAACCGGAACCGAAGCCAUUGUUCGAUGUUUGUUAGAUGCUGGCGCUGAUAUAAACAUCAGAAGGAAUACGGAUUGUUACCAAGAUCUAACGCCGGUUAUUGAAGCUUUUAGCCGGGAACGAAGAUUCACGGUGUCUUUAUUAAUUGAAUAUGGUGCGGACUUGAGUGCCAUGGCUAUGGCGACGUACGCGAAGAAUAAGAGAAUUGAGAAAGCUAUGACUCUUCCUAAAUUAAAUUCAAAGUUUCCGCUGUACGCGCAUAUGUUGAUGGAACUUGUUGAUAAAGCACGCAAGCGCAAUCAACUGCUUAAAAAAGUUUGCGAGAAUCUGGAGGAUGUUUCUAUCAAUUUGCCUUACAAUUGCAGUGAGAUAGAUCACAACAUGGCCGAAGUGCCGGCGUGA